AUGUCGAAGCCAACACCUAAGGCUUCGGGGUCGAAAAGUGCAACUCCACAGAAAAGGAAAAAGGAACUAGAACCGAACAAGAACGAUGCCACGCCCGCCAAGCAUCCGAAGCUAAUAAAAGAUCUGUCACUCGAGAGAGUGGGAGGAAUGAUACAAGGGAGGGUGGAAUCGGAAUCCCCGAUCAGAUCCUGGUCCCGAGAAGGAGCCGAAGGGAUUAUAUUCUCCUUUAUUGUGAACGACUCUUCCUCGGAUAUCAAUGUGGUCGCUUCCGGAGAGAUCUGCGCCGAGCUCCACGAAAAAAUAAGCGUCGGGAAAUGCUACGUUAUUUCGGCCUUCAAACUAAAGAAAAUCAAUCCACAAUACAACAUCACGAGCCAUCAACUCGAAAUUCAACUCACUAAGAUCUCGAAAGUGACCGAAAUCAUUGGCAUCAACUUGCCCGAAAACACCACCAACUUCAUAACACUCGCCGAAAUCGGAAGUUCGGCAGUAAAUUCCAUGGUCGAUAUCCUGGGCAUUAUCCACGAAGUGGCGGACGAGCAAAAUUUCAUGUGCCGCGACGGAACGUCUCGGAAGAAAAAGAACGUUCGCAUCGUAGACGAUACGAAAAAAAUUGUCACGUUGAGUCUCUGGUCCGAGCAUGCCGACAUUUUGAACGGAAUGGAGAGCCAAUGCGUAUCGAUCCACAACGUAGUGAUUCGUGUCUUCAACAUGAAAAAAGUCCUCACGACGACGAGCAGUACGUCAGCAAAACUAGCAGUGAUUACCGCCGACUCCGAAAGGCUACAAAAAUGGUGGAAUGAGGAAGGUCAGGAUGAAGAGUUCGAUGAGAUACAAGCCGCGUCCAACGACUCUCCACCCAACGAUGUUGAACACCGAUCAAGAGACUAA